GACGUUGUGCGCCACGCUGGGCAUCUUUUGGCUCUUGGGCCUCGCCCUGAGCUUUGCGGCCUUCGCCGUGGCGAGGCGCCGCCCGGGAGUUUACCUGGCGAAGACUAGCUUCAACUGGGCGACCUUUCUGACGUCCUUGCUGUGGGUGGCCCUGUUCGCAAAUGAAGUGGUUGGGGCUAUGCAGCUCCUGGGCACCAUCAUGGGAUUGAAGCCAAUGGUCAUGGGCAUUACGCUACUGGCCUGGGGCAACUGUGUGGACAACGUUUUUGCAAUGCUGGGCCUUGCCAAGGCCGGGGAGUUCCGCGUGGCAAUCACCGGCAUCUACGCUGGGCCCAUGUUCAACGUGCUGUUCGGGAAUGGUUGCAUCCUGUUGAUGUCCGCAGUGCUGAACCAUGGCCAGACCCCUUUCAUCAUGUCGCCAGCGGCCUUUGUCCUGCUCGGAGUCAUGGAGGUGGUUCUGGUGGGCACGUUGCUGUACACCAAACUGUGCGCUUGGCACAUGACCAAAACUCUGGGGCUCAUCCUAUGCAUCGCUUAUCCAGUGACAUUGGCAGCCGGCUUCAUUGUCGAACAUCUUAUGGGUGCUGACGGCUGACCGAUUGAUUU